AAAGAGUCGACACGAAUAGCACACAGGAGUGGAAGAAAAGUCACUUUCAUUUUCGCUCACGUAUUAGUAAAAAAAAGGCAUUAAUAAUACACAGAAUAUUCUGUCAGCAGAAAGAGUGCAGAGAAAGUCUGAGAUAAAUAAGUAAUAUUGAAAUAUAAUGUCACGGAUUGUGGGAUAUGUGUCGGCGAUAUGUUUGGUGGCAUUCAGUCUCAUCUCAAUCAGUGUCUGUCAGACCAAAGACAAGUCACAACAGAUGUCUCGCGUAAUGGAGAGGCACUCGGAUAACGUGCGGCAGUGGCUCUGCAAAGGACAGGGCAUUACUGCCGAUCAAUGGACAUCGCUUAAAGAGGAUUGCAUUAAUCCAAGGAUUAAUCAAUUAAUACCCGAGAAUGGUAUGAAUACGUGGCAGAAGUGUAGCGAAAAGGUCACCGAUUUGUGUGAUGACAGCCAAUGGAUGGACGGAAAGGUUUGCGCUAAAGAGAUGCUGUCGGAGCGAGAAGUCGGGCGUUUUCACUGGUUUUCUCAAAUGCUGUUCUCAUACGGUGUUUACUCGUAA